AUGUGGUUUGCUGAAGUGCUUGUUGUUGUGUGUGUUUUCACUACCACCGCAGUGGUUUCAGAAGCGAAUAACUGCACUAGCGGCAGCGCAUGUCAGCCGUGGGAUGGAGGUAAACCAUGCAACGGUGCCCAGAGAAUGGAUCUCCGUGUUGGUGUGCGGGAUUCGGCGUCCGGUAAUAUCAGUGCCUUGGGGUUCUGCCCUAUUGUGGAUGAAGUGCAGGCUUUUCGUCUGACUGGAUUGUUUCCAUCACUAGUAAACAAAACAGUGGGAUCCAGUUACACGAUCAGUGUAUACGGACAGGGUGAGAGUGGAAAUCGUACAGGGGACCUUUCCAACUCAGUCUUGUAUGCAACAACAUCGGAUAAAUGCAAAAGUGACAGUUUAGCGGUUGCGAAAUUUCUCAUUCUUAAUCUCUCCAUGAAGCAGGGACUAUACACAUACGCGGGUAAUGCUUCCUACCCAACUGAUACCGGUUUCUUUCCCACGUGCGAACGAAACCAGUGCCUCCUUUCGUCUGAUGCUUUUUGUAUUGGUAAUGGUGUUAAUAAUAAUUGCGCCAGCUGCGUCGAGAAGGGCUCGUUAGGAAAGGCGGAAACGACAGUAUGGGCAUCUUACUACGGCUCCGCCGCUGGCGGCGUGCUGUUUAGGAGCGGAGAUUACAACCCGAAGAAUUUCCAUGCGUUUAGCAUCGGUGUGCCACAAAAAGUGUAG